GCUGGGCACCUGCGCUUCCUGUUACCCAGAGCGCACAGAUGCACUUCCUUCCUCAGUUAGCCCGAGCAAGUUUGCGUUUGUCACAUGAAAAUUGAUAAUUCAUGUGAGGCACAAUAUGCUGAGCGGCAUUCAGCCCGUGACGGUUGUGUUUAACAACGCCAAAAACUGCUUCCUCCAUCUGCCCGCCGACUUAAUUUCCCAUUUGUCGCUGAGCGAGAUCCAGGCCUUGGAGUUGUCCGGCGGCCACGACGGCCCCCCGCUGUUCCUCAGCUGGACCGCGAGCCGCGGCCGCCGGGUGGGGCUGUCCAGAUUCCUCGCAGAGAAGAUGGGCCUGCGCGACGGCCAGGAGGGCUUCGUGAGGACGUGCCAGCGGGCGGCGUCGCUGCGGCGGGUCUUCGUGGAGCCGCUGUCGGCCGACGACUGGGACAUCUUGGAGCUCCACAGCGGCGAGCUGGAGCGCCGGCUUUUGGACCAGAUCCGAGUGGUCUUCCCGGGUGCGGUUUUCCCCGUGUGGGUGGACGAUCGCACAGUCAUUUACGUCCGCGUAGCGUCCUUGUCGCCUUCGGCGCCUUACGGUCGCCUGGAGGCCUUCACCGAGCUCGUCGUGACUCCCAAGAAGCACGCCCCCGAGGGGCAGCCUCACCCCCGUUCCGCCCCCCCGUCAACACCCGGACCACCCUCGAAAAGCGACCCUCCCGUAAACUGGCAGCGGGGCGUCACGGCCAACCUCCAAAGUCUGUUUCGCUACAUGACGGGAGGCGCGUCCGACCAAGCCGAGGAGGUUCCGCCAGUACUGGACGUCCCCGCCUCGCUCCCGGACGCCCUCUACAGAGUUUGCGGCGUUCCCCCGCCGCCUCUCGCCGCCGCCGUGUGGGACGCGACGGCGGCGCUACACGUCUUCCCGUUGAGCAGCGCGUGGGACGAAGAGGUCGCGGGAAGUCGGCCCGCGCUGACGUACGGCCUGCUCUCCGAAGCGCUCUCGCCCGCGGAGAAAAAGAACGCGGCGGGAGAGGAGGUGAAAGGUCAAGAGGAGAAGGCGCGGGAACCCACGGUGGUGGGCUUGCUGUGUCACCGCCUUGAUGAGCUCAGAAGAGGCACGCAGGGAAGCGUCCACCGUGGCACCGUCUGGAUCCCGCCGGCCGCAGCCGCCGGGCUUCACGUCGACCCGCGCUCGACGGUCCGAAUCAGGCCGGUCAGAUCGGCCGUCAAAGCGGCGACCGCCGUUCAGCUGCGGCCUUCAAGACCGCUGGCCGAGGGCGUCGAGGACGACGCCGUCCUGAGCGCCUUCCUAGAGUGGCUGCACGCUCACACUCAGCGACCUUUGACCCGCUUGACUCCGCGAGCCGGCCGCGUCGUCCUCCCCGCGCCUGACGACGCGUUUGAAUUUGCCAUCACGGUGCUGAGACCGGAAGCGGAACCAGACGGGGACCCGCCGGAUCAGCUGUUUCUGCUCUCACCUUCCAUCUUGCAGAAGAAAAAGAUCCAGGUCGUCCGAGAGCCGACGUCCGCGCCGCCCGCUGAAGUUGAACCGCCGGAGCGAGACCUUCCCUCUCUCGCUUCCUUGGGCGGCGUGGACGAGCUGAGCGCGGCGAGUUUUGACUUCAUCUCCGGCAGCCUGCUGGCGACUCCGUUGGCCAGGGAGCUGCUGGGCGUCGUCGGGCGGGGGCUCAAAGGCGGAGCGCUGCUCGUCACCGGCGCCAAAGGCAGCGGGAAGAGCGCCCUGUCUCGCGCCCUCUGCAGGAAAGCGGCGGAACAGCUGGACGCCCACGUGGAAGUGCUGGAGUGUAAAAAGUUACAAGGCAAAAGGGCGGAGACCGUUCGCCAGACGCUGCGGCAGGUUUUCGCGCGGGCGGAAUGGAGGCAGCCCUCCGUGGUCCUGCUGGACGACCUGGAUCACGUGACCCGGGCUCCCGCCUCACCCGAGCACGAGCACGGAGCCGAGGCGCAGCUGCACGUGCACGUCGCGCAGAGUUUGAAGGACCUGGCGGACGAGAUGGUGGAACGCGACAACCUCGUGUGCUUGGUGGUGACCAGCGAGAGCGAGCGCUCCUUGCACGGCACGCUGACCCGAGCGCAGGGGACGCACUUCUUCCAGGCCUUCGCGCGCUUGCGACCGCCCGACCGGGCGCAGAGGGCGGACAUCCUGCGCCGCGCGAUCCGAGACAGGUGCGGCCCGUCGGAGUCCGACACCGGCGACCUGGAACUGGAACUGGACCUGGACCUGGAUGCCGUCGCUCAGGAGACGGAAGGCUACGUGGCGCAAGAUCUGCUGCUGCUGAUGGAACGAGCGCUCCACGCCAACGUCGCACGCCAACAACAGAGCGAGUGCCACGACCAGCGUUUGUCGCAGCGGGACUUCGCCGAGGCCCGCGAGGGGUUCGCGCCGCCGUCCCUGUGGGGGGCCGACCUCCGCGAUCCCGGCGGCGGUGGGCUGGAGUCGGUGGGGGGGCUGGCGGAGGUGCGGCAGCAGAUGAUGGACACCAUCUUGCUCCCCGCCAAGUAUCCCGUCCUGUUUUCCAAGCUUCCCAUCCGCCAUCGCUCAGGAGUUCUGCUCUACGGAGCGCCGGGCACCGGGAAGACGCUGCUGGCGCGAGCCGUCGCCAAGGAGAGCGCCAUGAACUUCAUCGCCGUCAAAGGUCCGGAACUUCUGAGUAAAUACAUCGGAGCGAGCGAACGGGCCGUGCGAGACGUCUUCCAAAGGGCGCAAGCGGCAAAGCCUUGCGUGGUCUUCUUUGACGAGUUCGACUCCUUGGCGCCCAGGAGGGGCCACGACAGCACGGGCGUGACGGACCGCGUCGUCAACCAGCUGCUGACUCAGCUGGACGGCGCCGAGGGACUGCAAGGCGUUUACGUGCUGGCCGCCACCAGUCGCCCGGACCUGAUCGACCCGGCCCUGCUGCGUCCGGGCCGGCUGGACAAGUCCCUCUACUGCCCCCCGCCCGGGAAGGAGGACCGCGCGGCCAUUCUGAAAGUUCUGACCGCCGCCGUCCCCUUGGCCGCCGACGUGGACCUGGACGAGCUGGCGUCGCGGACCGAAGGCUUCACCGGCGCCGACCUGAAAGCGCUGCUGUACAACGCCCAGCUGGAGGCGCUCGACGGCAGCCCCGACGCCAGCCCGGAUGCCGGCGCGCUGCGUGAAACGACGUGCGACAUGAGCUUGUCGUCCAUGAUGUUCCCCAACAACAGCAGCGGUUCCGAUGAGCCGGUGGACGACGACGACGGCGGCGGCGGCGGCGAGGCCCCGGAGCCCAAACGACAAGAUGGACACCAUGAUGGGGACGUUUGGAGACUUUACUUCGGAAGCUCCUUUGAGUCCGACUCUCCUGACGGGACCGACUUGGUCGAUCCGACGCCAGAGUCCACUUCCUGUCCGCCCCCCCUCUCCAUGCCCUCCCUCCAGAGCGGCUUCCGGGAGCUCAGCGGCGAGGGUCUGCGGCGCCUCCAGCAGGAAGUGGCGUGCAUCAAACUCAACCACCGCCGAGCCAACGGGGAGCGCGUCCGGGCCCGGGUCCGGGCCUCCUCCGGCCAGCCGGGCCUCCUGCUGCGUCGCCGCCACGUGCUCGCCGCUCUGGACGCCACCGGGCCGUCGCUGGGCGAGGACGACUGGCGCAGAUACGCCACGCUGUACGAGGCCUUUUCGGGAGGCGGAACCGCCACGCAAACAUUCCGACCGGGACAACGCGUGACCUUGGCGUGACGGCGCACUUAGACAAUUAAUAGGUAAUUACUGUACAUUGUGUGUAAAACAGCAUGAAUGUCAGAAAA